GGGGUCACCUUUUGUGCAAAUAUAUCAACCAAGUGGAUUGCCACCAGCAUCAGAUUUCUGAGAGAGAGAGGGAGAGAGAGAGACUCAGAGAGACAGGAAGCUUUGGAGCGCAACAAGAAGAGAGACAGACAGGUCUGCUGCUGCUGCUGUUGUGCCACUUCUGCAGUUUGCAUCCAAAAGCAAAGUGAUUACUUUUCUGAAAGAAAAGGGGAAAAGUUGAAGGAGCUGGAAUGGACGGGAUAACACUCAGACGCGCGCCACUCCUGUGCACCUUGCUCCUCUGGGCAUUCCAGGGUUGCAGAGGAACUGUGACAGUGAAAGUGCCUCCUUAUGUGAAUGUGGUCAAAGAUGAAACAGCAACCCUGCCCUGCACAUACUCUGGAAAAAUGCCAAGCAACUUAGUUAUUUCAUGGCAUGCCUAUCACGAAGGCAGCAAAAAACGCAUUGCAUUUAAAUUUGGGGAGGAAAUAAAGAUUGACGAAGCUUUUAAUCUGGGAAAACGCGCCACUAUGGGGGCUGAUUUGAGCUUGACCAUCACCAAAGUUCAACCAUCUGAUGAGCUCACCUACGUGUGCGAAGCCACUGCUGGCGCGGAUGGGUACAAGGAUGCCUCCACUUACCUCACAGUCUUCUAUGCUCCAGAGGCCCCAAAACUUGAAAAGCCAACCGAUCGAGCCAUUUCAGUUAUAAGCAAGGAAAGCUCUGAGAUUGGCACCUGUGUUGCAACGAAUGUCCUUCCCCAGCCAAGACUCAUCUGGUUCAAAAACGAUCAGCCCAUUCCCGAAGUUAAAGACAAGGACAAGGAUACCUACAUGGUUCCCAUAGUUGUGAAGGAGCCUUCAGGUCUCUACACACUUAGGAACACCCUGUACAUGAAGCCAGUAAAAGAGGACAAGAACUCAGUGUUCUUCUGCAAAGUGGAGUACAGGACUCCACAGAACACCACAGAGACGAAGAGGUCUAACACCAUCACCAUCAACCUUAACUAUCCCUCUGAGAAAACAACUUUCACCUUUCUCAACACUUCUCCAAUCAAAGAGGGUGAUAAAGUUGAGAUGAAGUGUGAGACUGACGGAAACCCUCAGCCCGAUUUUGAAUUCUCUAAAGAUGGAAAAGAUAUCAAUGGUGAAAAGGGACUUCUGACGCUGGAAUCUGUCAACCGCACGAACUCUGGUGAAUACGUAUGCAAAGGCCUUGACUAUGAUGCCGGUGACAAAGACCUGACAGCCAAACUCAACGUCGUGGUCCACUACAUGGACCCAGUUGUCGUGAAACCUCUUGGGUCGCAAACAGUCAGUUUGGGGGGGAAGAUGGAGUGGAAGUGUGACGUCAACGCAUCAGACAAGCAUACGCUUCAUUGGAAAAAGGGCUCUAAAACUCUUUCCGAGGACGGCAACUUAUUUUUAGACAAUAUUAGCUAUGAUGAAGCGGGAGAGUACAUAUGUGAAGGAGCUGUCCCUUCUGUGCCUGGACUGAAAGUCAGUGCAAGUGUCAACCUGUCUGUUGAAGGAAAACCAAUUAUUGCUGAACCUGCUAUUGGAGAGGUGUCAAAGCAAGGAGAGCAAGUGACCUUGAAAUGCGUUGCUCAUGGUGAACCCAAACCCCAGUUUACAUGGGUUCCCUCGGCCAAAGAGUCUGUUGCAAUUGAAGGCAACAUGAUAGUCAGCACUAUUGUCCUAAAUGCCACAGCUGACAUCAUGAAGAACGGGGUCAACUGCACAGUCAGCAAUAAAUUUGGAAAAGAAACAAAGACCCUCACAGUGGCAAUCAUGGAUGACCGAGCAAUUAAAGGCUCAGCUGAAGUGCUGCUUUCUGGAAACCCUGUGCUAAAGUCAGCUGACAUGCAGCAGGGGGGCUCCAGCGCGGUGGUGGUAGCUGUAGUGGUGUGUGUUCUGCUGCUCCUGCUGCUGGUGGGCCUCAUCUACUGCCUGAACAAGAGGACCAAGCUGCCGUGCAGCAAGAAGGAUAAGAAGGACAUGGCCUUGGGAGACGUGAACAACGACAUUGUGGUUGAGAUGAAGACGGGCAAGACCGAGCAGGAUGGUCUCCUCAACAAAAAAGCAGCAGAAAAGUGAUGGAACCACAUGAAAGAACGCAGAGGGAUGAAGGGAAGAUGGCAGAAAACAAAAAGACAAGGGGCCUCUUUUUUAAAUAAUUCAAACUGGUGUAAAUAAUUUGUUUUAUUUUGGUGACUUUAAGGUACUUACAAUGCUCACUUUUAGUAAAGCUUGCUGUUUUGCCUAGAUUAGAGCCAGCUGAGUGGAAUUUCAGAUUUAGCUCCACUAAUCUGGUACUAUAACAGGUAUCGCGCAAAGUCAAUCAGUUUCACAAAUCACCUCUUGAGUAGACUCCACUGCAGACUAGAUCUAGACACUGAGGCGCAACUGACCAAAAAUUCUGACAUAGUGGCUGAAUCGGAAUCUGAAAUGCAUCUGACAUGGUUUCAGCAAUUUAAAUAUUUUCUGAAAUGUGAGUCUGAAAAUUCUCGUAUGGAGUCUGCACUUCUUUCUUGUCUUUGGUGAUAACGGGAAACUCUCAUGGGCUUCAGUUCGGUUUGAUUCACCUCACACAUAUUUAGUCCCUUAAGCACAUUGUAUGGCAGUUACAACUCAUUUCUCCAACCUGUGAAUGUUUUUUAUGAUUAUCCCUUUGUUUUUGUCAUUCUAAAUUAGCUUUGAGUUUCAUCCUGGGUUUAAUGGCAACAGUUCUUUUUGCUUUACUUUUUGAACCCCAUACAAAACCAGCAGCCCUCAUUAUUCCCUUAAACGCUCAGUUUCAAAUUUUACUCUGCUUAAUGUUUUCUCUGUGUAUUAAACUGUGUGUUGAUUUGGCCGUUUGGGAGGUGUGUGUAAAAAUUGCAAUACCAUUAUUUUUACAGGAUCUGCUAGUUUUCAUGAAAGGUGAGAAACGUUUUUACAGCCUUAUUAGAAACCAGCUUUCACUGUAAAACUUUUAGUGCGCUGCAGAAGGACCUGAUGGUGUCAGACUGCACCCUGCCAAAGUUGUUGUUAUUUUUUUUGCAAGAAUUUGACUUUUAGAGACAAAGAUUCAUUCAUUGCUAGGGCAGGGGGAGGAGGGGAGCAUUCAAAAGAUGGAGUUUGUGCUGUUAUAGUAAAAUGUCUUUUUUUUUCUUUUUUUGGCCAAAUAUAAUCGUCUGCAAAAGCAAAGAGUGUUUUUAUGUUUUGGUCUGCAUUUUUGUUUCUACACUGCUGGAAAACAAUUUAUUUUGUGGCAAAUUUAUGUGUGCUUUUACUUUGUUGGACACUGGAACCAAUGGCCUUGACAUUUUUCUGAUAAAAAAGAGAAAAAAUCUUGGAAAAAAAAAGUUAUUUUAUUUUUCAAUGUCUGUCUGCUGAUUUUUGCAGCAACUACACUGACUUGUGAAGACAGGGAGUGAUUUUUGUUUCUUGUCCUGUUUUAUAUAUAUAAAUAUAUUCAAAAUGUGGUACAAUUUAUUUUUAACGAGGGGAUUCUAAAUUUUGGACUACUGAGACAUCUUUUUCCAAUAGUUUGUCAGACAAGAGAAUUUUUCUUAAUUAUUGAUAUUAGAUUAUUUGUGUUUUUUGGGGUUUAUAUUUUCAGAGCUUUACUUUUCCUCAUCAUUACUGUAUACUGUAUGUCAUGAUACACUGUUUGUGACCUCUGUGAUGUUUUGCUGUAUCUUUUUAUUUUGUUCCAGCUGUGUAGGAUUUAUAAUGAAAAAAAAAACACAAGAAAAUCAACACAUUCCACGAAUCUCUGUGUUUUCAUUUCUGUCUUUGAAGGAAAGUGUUUUCAAAAUUUCAAUUUUUAGCUGUUCAAUUGGGAUUAUGUUUUUCAAAUGAUCGUUUCUUUCUAUAAAUUUCUUAAAAGUUGA